AUGAGCAGCGGCACGCCCUACAUCGGCAGUAAGAUCAGUUUGAUCUCUAAAGCUCAGAUUCGCUAUGAGGGAAUAUUAUACACGAUUGACACCGACAACUCCACUGUGGCCCUGGCGAAAGUGAGGUCUUUUGGAACGGAGAGUCGUCCUACAGAUCGGCCUGUACCACCGAGGGAUGAAAUAUUUGAGUACAUAAUCUUCAGGGGUAGUGACAUCAAGGACAUCACUGUCUGUGAGCCUCUGAAAAUCCACCAUAGUCUUCCUCAGGACCCUGCCAUUGUUCAGUCAUCUGUUGGGACGUCGUCCAUGCACUACGCCUCACAGGGUGGCUUCAGUCCUUACAGAAGCAUGUUGCCCUCAUACAGUCAGUUGGCUGCGAGCUCUCUCCUCAGUCAGCAGUAUGCAGCAGCUCUGGGCCUGGGAGCAGGUCUGCAUGGUGUUCCUGUGAGGAGAGGCCAGAUGGUUGAACAGGCCGUUCAGACGGUACCCGCAGAAAAAACUGCCCAGAAAAAAGGUUUGACUGGAGCGCAGCAGCAAGGCAGAGAAGCAGGCCGACUGCAGCGAGGUGGCAGAGGACCCCAGUCCCAGGGAGGAGCUACUUUCAGCAAUGGGUCCACUAUGCAACAAGAAGUCUUGCAGGCACAGAGUCAAGCUAAUGAUGAGAACAAGCCACCAACCAGUAGGAGAAAACAGGGUACGAGAAGGUCCAGGAAUCGUGGUCGAGGUCAAAUCCUUGUAGGCAAUACAAAGCCCAGCACCCUGCAGUUUGAAUCUGACUUUGAUUUUGAAAUGGCAAAUGCUCAGUUUAAUAAAGAUGACCUUGAGAAGGAGAUUCAAGACCAGCUGAAUAUUCAAGAGAUCCUGGAAGAGGGAUGUGAGGAGCAGCAGAAGCUAGAGAAUGAGAGCACCAUUGAGGAGGACCCACUUGGCCCCAAAUGCUUCUACAACAAAGCAAAAUGCUUCUUUGAUAAUAUCUCCUCAGAACUCAAGUCAAGACGCACCACAUGGGCUGAGGAGAGAAAGCUUAAUGUGGAGACCUUUGGGGUGCCCGGCCGGUAUCUGAGGGGCCGUGGCUUUCGGGGUGGUUACCGAGGGCGACGGGGCAGAGGGGCUGUGCAGCAUCUUCCUCAAAGAGCAGGGAGCGGACGGCUGUGAAAACUGAUGCGAGUGCAUAAACAUUAAGGAAUAAAGUUAUUGUAUUUGGAGGACUUUUUCUGGAGCCUAUGGCUUUCAUUAAUUUGCUGUUUUUGUUGCCUUUUCAUCCAGAUCCAUGAUGCCUCAGGAAUGGCAUAGUGGUCAAAGUGUUUAAGUGUGUGAUCUAAAAGUUAUUAGUCUAAUUGUAUAUAAAGAUUUGAUUUUCAGUGCCUGAAAUGUUCAGUGGCACAUGCUGUUAAAAUGGGUUUUCUACUGCGGUCAAGCCCCUUAAAGGCGAACUGAACUGAUCAUUACUUUCGUUUGAUGUUGCAAGGGUUUUUUUUUUUUUUUUUUUUGUAACUGAAGAACACUGUGAUUGCACUAAAAAUGUAAAUGCACCUUAGAAGCCUUCAGUGAUUUUGCAUUUAAAAAAGGCACUUUUAUUUAAUGAAUUACUUCACUAUACAAAAAACAAAUUCAGACCGACUAUGUUAGUGUA